AAAAUGAGAGUGCCCCUUGGCAGUGCGCCUGAAAGAAUGAUAAUAAUGGUUGUUUUAAAGCAUGUCAUCAUCAUCAACACAACUGGAUAAUGAUACGUGAAAAUUGUCACGGCAAUGUUGAAUACCGCAACAUUCAACAUACAAUACAUGAAGUCUAAUUUGCCAUUUCCUCUGCGAGUACUGUGGUAAAUUGCCGAGAACACCAAGAGUGGAUGUUGACAUUUCAUUUCUGUUAUCGCAAAGGCCUACGUUCACCACUGUAUACGUGGGCUGUGGGUCUAUUAUAUGAGUACAAAAACAAUAUAUCGCAUCGGUAGUUUGCAUAAUUGUGUAAAUAUACUUGCAGUUUUUAAGCAAACACGUCGCCACACUUUUUAACACCAGGUUGGUUAUUAUGUAACUUCCAGGAUUUCAAACUAAAAAGAAUUAGAUUUGGCAUAUUCAGAACUGGGUAAUAACUUUGUAUAUCUCGCGCAUCGUUGACGUGUGCUUUAGUUUAAGCACAGUCUUGAGUCCUUCGUGCUCUUCAAAUAGAAGUGAGUGGCCACGGAUAUGUUUGUUUUUCCAAAGAUAAUGCAGCUUUUCGUCAGAAUCGUUCUUCUAUUGUGGGUGUUGCUAUAUCGAGUUGAUUGUCUCAAUGAAGUGCGUCGCCAGGUGUUUUCAGAGGCUCGGAGAAGUGUUUCAAGUUCCCUCCCCAUGGUGCCAGUGGAUGCCCAGAAAGAGCUUGUACCGGAGGGUGUGCUUCUGACCGUCCGGUACCACGUCACCCCUGGCGAAAUGACCUUUGUCACUUGGCAGGCUGCCUGGAAGAACGACAGGCUUUUCAGGGUAAUGGAACCGACAACCUCCAAUGGAUUCUCUGAAACACGUCUGCUUUCAUCCCCUCCACCCGACAACCCAAACAUGGAUACAGCAGCAGUCUUGUUUAUAUCCUCACGUUAUGGCGUAUAUGAGCUGAAGUUCAAUGUCAGUGGCUCAGACUUGACCAUCAAUGACUUUCCAGUACCACCCGUGUCAGUUGAACCAUCCUCGGACAUCGUUUAUGAAGAAGGGAAUGACGCCUACUUCACGGCAACAACUGUAGCUGCUGAUUCUUCUAAUUCCUGGGUGAGACUUACUGUACUGGACCUGAACACGGGGGACUUCCUGACCCCCUUAGAAGCGCGUGGUUUUCAGAACGUCGUUGGGCGCAAUACAAACUCUGGUGUCACUCAAAGAGAGUACCGGAUAAGCACAAGCCAACGACAGACCAGCGGUGUCAUUAAUUUUUCCGUUCGUAGGUCUCUGGGUUAUAGUCACACACUACAAAAAAUCACCCUGACCCGCACCCUGGUUCUGCGGCCCUCCACCCAGCCUGGCCCGUUCCCGCCUGGUUUUCUCACAGUACGGAAAGGACCUCGAGAGAUGGUUGACCAGGAAGGACGCCAUAUCUCUUUCUGCCGCAUUGGUGUGAACUGGUGCCGUGUGAAAUGUGUAGCCAUAGGAUCUGCUAUCUCGUCCAUGUCCCUGAACAGGGUCCAGCCACCGGCACAAGAGGAGCCUGACUACAUCAUUAGAACAGACAUGAGCAAGCCUUUCAACGACAUUCUCGUGGUAACAGUGCCCCCUCUCCCUACUGCGGGUUCAAAUAUGACCUUCCAGUGCCAAAUUGGCAAUGGUGAAGGGCCCAAUGUGACUCAGGAAAAAGUGGUCAAGUUUUACCAGAAAGUGGAGGUCGUUGGUGGUGAGCUGACUGACUUGGGUGGCGAGAGAACACGAAUCAGCUGCACCUUCAAGGGAUCUCCUCGUCCUAUUGUCACGUUCUCCCUGUCCUUCCAUAAAGCUUACUACAGCCUGACACCAGCUGAUGGGGUGGAAGUCCACGGUGAUGAGCUGAUGGCGUACAAGACAAUUCGUUAUGCACGCUAUCAAGGCCGUUUGCUGAGUGUUUGGUGUACAGGUCUGCAAGACCUAAAUGGCGGGGGACGCGGUUCUGCUCUGGACAUGACGGCCUCACAUCACAUGAACAACAAUCUGCCGCACUGAUCAGAUUUUCAUCCCUCAAUUGUCUUGCAGUUUGCCUAUAGUAACUUAACUUGUCUUCACAAGUUUGGCUAUGUUGGGUGGGAACUGAUUUCUCUUACAAAAUAAAAACAAAAAUGUUGAAA